GUCAGCGCCAAGGUCUUCCACGCCAAUGGCCUCAGGGACAGCGUCAGCAUUUCCUUCUUCGCGCUGAGCCUGUUCGACCUGGGCUACCUGCUCGUGUCGGCCGUGGGCGCCGGCUGCUUCAUCGUGCAGCUGGGCUUCCCAGACUUCACCAGGCGGCUGGCGCUCGACCCGUACAGCGUCAACUCUUACUCCUACUGGUGCUCCAACAUUUUUUACUACGCGUCGCUCAUGACGACGGCGUACAUCGCCGUGGUGCGGUGCUGCUGUGUCGCCAUUCCGUUCAGGUUUAAAAAUGUGUUCACCGCGAGGAGAACCGUGUCGGCGUGUGCGGCCAUCUUCACGGCAUCGUGCUGCCUGCACGUCCCCUUGCUGGUCACACAGUACGUAGUCAGCUACCGCGAUGCCAGGACAAACGCGACAAAAUUCACUGUGGUCCCCGCGGCCAACCGAAACGCGGUUGUGGCUUUCAACGACAUUGUCAACAGAAAUGUGAUCUCUUGGCUCACGAUGGCUAUAAUAUUUGUCUCGUUCACUCUGCUCACCGCCAAGCUCCGGUCAGCUUCGAGAUUUCGCCAGGCGGCGAGUGGUCAAAUAAGAACUGCCGCUGUGAAGGACUCUGCCCCGCGAGGCCAUGUCUUUCCGAGUGAUGCCCUCAGCGGAUAUUUGGUGAGCCAAGAUCAAGUUGGUGGUUCUCAAAGCUUUUCAACCCCCCGAGCUCUACAUGGUAUUAUAUCCAGGAAGGCGUUCAAUGAUUUGAAUGAGUCUUCACCGAGACCAACAGUAGAUGGACGAGAGGCGGGCACAAGAAAGCUAAAGGCCUCCAGAUAUCAAAGAGAAAGCACGAAAGACAUUCAAAUCAUCAAAUCAGUUGCACUCAUAUCGGCUCUCUUCCUCGUCCUCGCCCUACCCUUUAUGGUCUACUCCCUGGUCAGGCGGCUGAUUCCUGCGUUUAGUGCAGGGGAAAUGUACAGCAAUCUCUUCUCUUUGAUCACAUCCACCAGCGCCAUCUGUGCGUACAUCAACUCGUCCGUCAACAUCUUCAUCUUCUAUUGCUGUAACACCAAGUUCAGAAAUACAACGCUUUAUUUCUUC